ACCAACUUCGCCACCGUUGGAACCACCAGCCCUACCCGUAGCAGCAGCCGCAGCAGCAGCAGCUGCUGCCGCUGCAGAAACAGCAGCAGCAGCAACAGAUGCAUCUGCUGCAGCAGAGGACUUGCUAACUUUGUCUACCGAUGCAGAAACACCUGCAUCGAACCCACGACGACAGGUACCUGCUGCUGCUGCUGCAGCCUCUGCUGCUUCAGCUCACUGCAGCAGCAGCAGCAGCAGCAGCAGCUUUGAUGCAGAAGGCUGUCUACAACCCCAGCAUGCAUCGCAGCAACAGGACGGUCAGCAGCAGCAGCAACAGCAGUAUAUCUGGCGAGAAACAUUUCAGGUACAGGACGGAGCUGCCUUGCAGCACGAGCAGCAGCAGCAGCAGCAACAGCAGGCGUUCCUGCUGCAGCAACAGCAGCAUCCGCUCCUCCUGCAGCAGCAGCCGCUCUUGUUUCAGCAGCAGCUGCUGCAGCCACUCGUGCUGCACCAGGAUCAGCAGCCGCUGCUGCAGCAGCAGCAGCUCUUGCUGCAGCAGCAGCAGCAGCGACUCCGCUCCGAGGAGCAGAGGCUGCGCCUGCGGCUACAGGAACUGCAGCAGGAGAAUGAGCAGCGGUUUGCAGCGGCAGCAGCAGCAGCUGCAGCAGCAGCAGAAUGCGCUACCAGCAUGCGUUCAGACUGCAGCAGCAGCUGCUGCAGCAGCGACAGCAGAACGGGAGACGGCUGCCUCGCGGCGGGGCGACGCGGCAGCAGCAGCAGCUACAGCAGCAGCAGCAGCAACAACAGCAGCAACAACAGCAUUUCCCCAUCUUCGCUGCUUUUGCUGCAGCCACUAGAGCAGCAAGUGCAGCAGCGCGGGCGUUUGUUGCGGCACAGUAAGGAACAGCAGCAGCAGCAGCAGCAGGAGCAGCAGCGGCUGCAGCAGGAACAGCAGCAGGAGCAGCAGCAACAAGAGACUUUGUCUUUGCUGAAUAAUCUAUGGGAGGCCUCCUCUUGGGGCAGCCCCUGCAGCAGCACCAGCGCAGCAACUUGCUGCUGCGUUGCUACGCCGCCAAGUGAUGAUGUGCUGCUGCUGCAGCAGCAGGAUAGCUGCUGCAGAUGCUGCUGCAGGAGGGACUCUGCAUGCUGCCUGGAUCCCGAGCAGCAGCAGCAGCAGCAGCAGCAACUGCUGCGCUGCAAGAGGUGCUGCAGCCCGGCUACAACUAUUUGCUGCAGCAGCAGCAGCAGCAGCAACUGCUGCUGCUGUCAUUCAGUGGGAGUUGUAGAGGCUAGCAGCAGCAUGAGCAGCAACAGCAGCAAUUGCAGCAGCAGCAGGUUGAGCCGCUGGCCUGUACAGUCUUGCUGCUGCGGUGUUCUUAGCACCUGCAGCAGCAACAGGCUGGUGCAUCACUGCAGCAGCAGCAGCAGCAGUAGCAGCAGCAGAGCCUGCCUCUGCAGCGCACUCGCAGACCGCGAGAUCAACCUGCAGCAGCAGCAGCAGCAGCAGCAGCAGCAGGUGCUGCGCGAGUUUGUGAAGGAGUGCCCCCAGUGCCGCAAAAGGCUUUUGGUAGAACUCAUCAGAGUCCGCAACCCACAGCAGCAGCAGCAGCAGCAGCAGCAGCAACAGCAACAGCAGCAGCAGCAGCAACAGCAGCAGCGCAGCAAGUUUUUGCGUGUGAAGCUGCAGCAGCCCCAGGGUUUCUGCAGCUGCUGGGGGACUGUGAGCGCAUACACCGCACUGGCAGCAGCAGAUGCUGCAGCACGGCAGCAGCAGCAGCAAGACAGCAAGAGGGAAGCAGCAGCAGCAGCAGCAGCAACAGCACGGGAGGAGGCCUCCUCCUCCUGGGUAUGGUCCCUACAGAAA